AUGCGCGCGUCGAAGAAGGGAAACUCCACGAAUAAGAACAGCCCGCUGUCGCGCGAAUCUCAUCGAACCUCGAAACGAUCCGGGUGCGCGGUCGCCGCCGCGGCGUACACCGAAGACGGCAUGGGCUGCGCGGGCGUGGACGACAAGCUCUACGAGCACGAGGGGCACCUGAAGUACCGCUGGCAAAAGUUCGUGGAGACGAAGGAGGCGAUCGUGAGCGCGGAGGGCUCCCUCGAGGACUUCUCCAAGGGCCACAAAAAGUUUGGCUUCAACCGCAACUCGAACGGCGAGAUCGUCUACCGCGAGUGGGCCCCCGCGGCCGCGGAGGCGUGGCUCAUCGGCGACUUCAACGGCUGGAGCGGCGACGCGACCCCGCUGACGAAGGACGACUUCGGCGUGUGGACCACGACGCUCCCUCCCGACGGCAUCCAACACGGCUCGCGCGUGAAGAUCCGCAUGCGCACCGGCGACGGAGGCUUCACCGACCGCAUCCCGGCGUGGAUCAAGUACAGCACGGCCGAGGCGGGCGUCAUGGGCGCCAACUACGACGGCAUCUUCUGGGACCCGCCGCCGGGGCAGGAGUACGUGCGGAAGAACCCGCGCCCGCCGCGGCCGGCGGCGAGCCGCAUCUACGAGGCGCACGUGGGCAUGUCAGGCGCGUCCCAUACACUGGUGAACACGUACCGGGAUUUCGCGGACGAGAUCCUCCCGCGGAUCGCGGACGACGGGUACAACACCGUGCAGCUCAUGGCGAUCAUGGAGCACGCGUACUACGGCUCGUUCGGGUACCACGUCACGAGCCCCUUCGCGGUGUCGUCGCGGUGCGGCACGCCCGAGGAUCUCAAGUAUCUCGUCGACAAGGCGCACGGGUUCGGGAUUCGCGUGCUGCUCGACGUGAUUCACUGCCACGCGUCGUGUAACACCGAGGACGGCAUCGCGGGGUUCGACAUCGGGCAGCAGACCGCGGACUCGUACUUCCACACCGGCGACGAGGGAUACCACUGGCUGUGGGAUUCGCGGCUGUACAAUUACGGCAACUGGGAAGUCCAGCGGUACCUCCUGUCGAACCUUCGAUACUGGGUCGACGAGUACGGCUUCGACGGCUUCAGGUUCGACGGCGUGACGUCCAUGCUGUACAACCACCACGGCCUCCAGAUGGACUUCACCGGGGACUACAACGAGUAUUUCGGCCUCGACACCAACGUCUCCGCCGUCGUCUAUCUGAUGCUCGCGAACGACAUGCUCCACGGCGUGUACCCCGGGAUCGAAGUCAUCGCGGAGGACGUCUCCGGGAUGCCGACGCUGUGCCGCCCGGUGACCGAGGGCGGGAUCGGGUUCGACGCGCGCCUCGGGAUGGCGAUCCCGGAUCUGUGGGUCCGGCUCCUGAAGGCGUCCAGGGAGGGGCGCCUGCGCGACGAAGACUGGAGCAUGCACGAGAUCAUCGCUUCGCUGUGCAACCGCCGGUACACGGAAAAGGUCAUCGGGUACGCGGAGUCGCACGACCAGUCGAUCGUGGGCGAUAAGACGAACGCGUUCUGGCUCAUGGACAAGGAGAUGUACGAGGGGAUGAGCACGUUCGACGAAGCCUCGGACGAGGUGUCGCGAGGGAUGGCGCUUCACAAGAUGAUCCGCCUGCUCACCAUCGCCAUCGGCGGCGAGGGCUAUCUCAACUUUAUGGGGAACGAGUUCGGGCACCCCGAGUGGGUCGACUUCCCGCGAGAGGGGAACGACUGGUCGCACGAGCACUGCCGCCGACGCUGGGACCUCGCGGACACGGAGUACCUGCGAUACAGCGAGCUCGGGCAGUUUGACAAGGCGAUGAUGGCGCUCGAUCAGCAGUACAAAUUCUUGGGCGACGCGCACCAGUUCGUCUCGAGCGCGGAUGAAGAGCGGAAAGUGAUCGUCGCCGAGCGCGGGCCUCUCCUCUUCGUCUUCAACUUCCACCCCACGGAGAGCUACGAAGGCCUCGAAGUCGGCGUCGGCAUGGGCGGGAAGUACCGGAUCGUCCUCGACACGGACGCGUGGUCCUUCGGAGGCCAAGGACGCGUCGGGCACGACUUUGACCACUUCUCCAACCCGGGCGGCCCCGUCACGUUCGUCGGGCCGUACGAGCAAGAGCCCAGGCCGGCGUCUCUCAAAGUUCUCUCCCCGUGCCGCUGCGCGCAGGUGUACUUUAAAAUCGACGAGGACGGCGCCGCCGCCAACUACGACACCGCCGCGAGCGUGCACGAUUUCGGCAGAGGCGUGCACUUGACGUCGGACGCGCCGAGAGCCGCGCCCGUGGAGGAACGGUACGGCGACGAGCGCCUGUACCAGGAUACGGUGAGCAGCGAGUACGACUCGGACUGGAUGAAGGCGGAGCAAGCGCGGCAGUCGCAGUCGCGAUCCGCCGCGGCGCCGUCGGGCGGCGGCGGCGGCGGCGGCGGCGGCGGCGGCGGAGGGAGCAGCGAGUACGACUCGGAUUGGAUGAAGGCGCAGAUGGCGGCGGCGGCGGCGAACGGCGGGAGCGAGCUCGUGCGGCCGACGCCGCCGACGCCGCCGCCGGCGAUGGGCGGCGGCGGCGGCGGCGGCGGACGGGGCGGCGCGAGCCGGCCGGAGCGCGUCACGCGAGGGAAGGAUGGCGUCAUCUACGACCCGGACCAGUUCGACCCGGACAACAACUGA